AUGAUAUUGAAUUCAGUGAAGAAGUUUGCUGCAGAGAUCGCUCGGAUCGAUCCGACGAAUGUCUUUUACAAGCCAUCGAACAGUCGAAGUGCCUUUCCAGAAUUUCGCUUUCUAUCACAUCGAUCGUUUCCCGAUCUAUGUCUUAAGAUAGUUAACGAUUGGCUCGACCAAAAGCCCUAUCGAAAAACGGAUCGAGAAUGUAUUCUAUCUUUUAUAUUAGAUAUCAAGAUAUCAAUCGAUUCUCUAAUUGAUCGGUUCUCUUCAAGUGACAUUCAAUCAUUUCUUAUCAUUCGUGGUCUACUAUCAAGUGAAGUUUUGCUCGUUUGUCUAAAGAAACGUUACCGUGUCAAUUAUGGCAUCAAUUUAAACAAAAACUUUAACCGAUUAAUGGCCGUUCCUUAUCGAGCGAAAGAUGUUCCGGCAGAUCGAACUGAAUUCGGUCAUCCUGACACAGCUCUUGUUUUGACCCAACUAUCCUAUUAUUACAGUGGACUGACGAGUUCACAAAUUUUACAGUGUUUUGAUCGUCUGAAUCAAGAAGAACGAGAUCCCGACAUGGUCUAUACCGAGUGGAUCACGCAGGAGCACGAUCAUGACAUUCCCCAAAAUCUUAAGCAAUGGAAAAAAGUCAACAUCAAGGAAUGUCACCAAGAAAUUCAUAAACUUUUUCAACUGCUACGAUACAAUAUGGUAGUCGUCAAUUACUUUCUUAACCAUUUUGUUUUUCCACAAGAAGCAAAACAGUUUCCUCAUAAAUUAAUCGCUUCUUCAUGGGAUUUAGCAUCGGCAAAACGAACGAAAAUGAUUACUGGCUUCAGCGGUACCAAUGAUACCCAACUACUACUACCGAUUCAUAUUCAUCAGCGUGAUUUACCUCAACUACAAAGUACUGAUGCGAUUGUGAUUAAUAAUUUACUACAGCCUGUAAAUGAAAGCUAUCGACAUCUACCUGUUAUUAUGACCUCAGAGAUGAUCUUGAACGAAAUUGCUAGUUAUCGAACAAUGAUAAAUGUUAUUAUCGAUGUUGGUGCUCUAUUUGUUGAUCGUACUAAUCGUGAAAUAGCUGUGAAUUGGUUAGAACAAUCAGAUCACAAGAAAAUCGAUUAUGCCAUUUAUUUUCACUCGGAUCACAUUAUUGUUUGUGAUCGACAAUAUCAUCAUCAAGCAUUUUCAAGCUCGCCGGCAAGUGAACGGCUAGACCGAUGUGUUAUCUACCUCGAUGAAGUGCAUACGAGAGGAACUGAUUUCAAAUUUCCUACUGGUUUCACAGCGGCUGUGACACUUGGCAAUGGUUUAACGAAAGAUCGUUUCGUGCAAGCAUGUAUGCGUAUGAGAAGACUAGGAGAAAGUCAUUCAUUGACGUUCUGGAGCUCGGAUGAAGUUCAUCGACAGAUCGUUUCAUUAAAAACUAAUCUACAACCAUCAAUCGAAUUGAAAGACAUUCUGCGAUGGGUUUAUGAAAAUACUCAACGAGCGACAUGGGAUGGAUUGUAUUACUGGGCAAUGCAAAGUCUUAGCUAUCAACGGAAAAUGAGCGCCUUUCAAAUCAUUGAUUGGCGAGGCCAUCAACAAGAUUUUACUAACCGGAUCAUGGAUGAAUUAGCAGAGAAGUGUUUAGAAUCGGAAAUUUUGGAAUUGAAACGAGUGUAUGGUAUACCAAAAGCUUUUCAAUCGAUAUCCGACAUUUACAUCAAUCAGUAUCAAUAUGCCAAUAUUCCUGCAUCAGAAGAAAUCCAUUUUGCGGUGCUAAAACGAAUGAAUACGUACGGUGGAUCGAAACAACGGUUGUCGCAAUUUGUUGAUGAAGAACAGCAACGUGAAUUGGAACAAGAAGUCGAACAGGAACAAGAACGUGUCCAAGAGCAUGAACAGAAAUCUUAUCGUAUUGCUCAUCCAUGCAAACCAAUUCUGCAUGAUGAAGUCAAACGAUUAACAGAUUCAGAUGAUCCUCCAUUGAAUUUUGCUGAAUUGCCUCACGUAUUUCGUCCAUUAGCGCAUGCUUUUACUGAUUCAAUAUUGACCAGUAUGUGUGAACAGGACAAUUGGCGAUCGAAUUUUUGGAUAACAACUGAAUUUCAACGUGUCAUUGAAAAUCAAGAAGAAUUUUUAGAUCGAUACUUACGCCCACCACGCUGGAUAAUCGUCUAUCGGAAUGAACAUAUUCUUUUUGUCAGCGCUUUCGAAGCGAAUUGGUUAAUAGGACAAUUACAACAAUGUGAACGAACGUCUACCACUACAUUGCGAUUGCUCUUACCUCGUUUAAAACGAAAUCAAUCGAUCUUUGUCAACACACCUACGAUAACUAUUCCUCCAUCUAUUCCGGCAACUAAUGGUAAUCAUACGUUCAUGUUACCUAUUGAUUGGUUAGUCGAAUUAUUUGUUUUCAAUGGCACUAUUUAUUUCGAAACAAACGAAGAGCAUAUGGCCUACUGUCAAUAUUUAGGAUUAUGUCCUAAACCUCGAACAGUAGUUGAAGAAGAUGCAUUCGAAAAUGGUUGGAUCUCUCCUGAUGGAUUCGUUCAAGAAACGAAACAUCGUUCACUGUUAAUGCUUGAACAUGCUCGAUUCAAUUCCAAUCCUUUAACAUUCAUUAAACAAUUAUUGAAGAAUCGGAAUGAUACGUAUCCAUCUCUCUCGUCACAUGUUGGAAAUCUGAUCUUCAAUUGUUCACGGACACUUUUAUGA